AUGGAGGCAACCACAUUGACGAUUCAUUGGCAUGAUAACCCCAUCUAUUCGCUCAAUGUCCAGCCACAGCAUGAUUCAAGCGAUGACAUUGUUAGGUUGGCCACCGCCGGCGGCGGGGAAAACAACGUUCGACUUUGGAAGUUGAAGUACGAUUCCGGGUCACUGAACACCCUUGAGAACGUGGAGUACCUUGCCACGUUGUCGAAACAUACUGGGGCAGUGAACGUUGUACGAUUCGAUCCUCGAGGUGAAGUUUUGGCAUCUGCAGGUGAUGAUGGCAUGGUGGUGCUUUGGCACAAAACCGAAGAUAAACGAGAAGUGUUGGGUCAUGAAGAAGACUCGGAGACGUGGAUUGCCAGACACAUUUGCCGUACAGGGACCAGGGAAAUUUAUGAUUUGGCCUGGUCUCCUGAUUCAAAGUACUUCAUUACCGGUUCGAUGGACAAUGUCACGAGAAUUUACAGUGCUGCUGAUGGGAAGUGUAUUAGAGAAUUAGUAGAACAUAAUCUACAUGUCCAAGGGGUGUGUUGGGAUCCAUUGAACGAGUUUGUGGCUACACAAUCUGCUGAUCGUUCCGUCAAUAUUUACUCGUUGAAGAAAAAGAAGCACGGGAAUUCUCAAGAUUCUAGUGACUCGAUUGAUAUUUCCCCAACGAUAUUUUACAAAAUUUCUAAAGCUGAGCUACCGAAAACCACUGCUAGUAGAAGAGGAGUAGGAGGAGAAGGAACUGGGACAAGCAGCGGGGCGACAAGUUCGAGCCAAAGCAGCGACACAGAAGAACGUGAAUCAUCAGUACUUUCCACUCCCAAGGCAAAGAGAAAAAUACUUUCUGGUACUGCGUCACCAAACCUUGAACAUGCCAUGAUGGUGGUGAUGAACUCUCCUAACCGUGAAUCUACCACCAGCACCUUGAUGGAUCCACCGCCGCCUAGCGCCAACCGUAAACGAAGACUAUCCAAUAGCUCAACAGGAAGCUCCGGAACGACUCCUUCCAUGAUUGCUCCAAUUAAAAGAUCGGCCUCGCCUAGCCCAGCAACCUUACCAGCGGUAGUAAGGCCUUCAGUGCCUUUGAAACCGACAAUGUUGUAUCAUAAUGAGCUGUUGUCGACAUUUUUCCGGAGAUUGAGUUUUUCGACGGAUGGCAGUCUUUUGUUGACUCCAUCGGGGAUUUUCAAGAGUAUGGUGGAUAAUGGUAGCAAAGAGGAAGUCACCAACACGGUGUACGUUUAUACAAGGGCAGGAUUGAAUCACCCACCAGUAUACCACUUACCAGGGUUGAAGAAAGCAGCGAUCGCCAUUUCUUUCUCCCCAAUAAAAUAUAAAUUGAGAAACCAAUCAGUGGAAACGGUUACUACAGUAUCGCAGAAAGCAGAUGUGAUGCCAACUACACAAGAAGAAGCAAAACAAGAUCAACAGCCUCAGACUCCAAAGAAUGGUGAGACAAGUACAAGUAACACUACAUUUUUGAAAAAACCGCUGCUUAUUGCAUUACCUUACCGUAUGGUUUUUGCAGUGGCGACAUUGGACUCGGUGGUUAUAUAUGAUACACAACAGAUUGAACCGUUGGGGAUGGUGAAUAACUUGCAUUAUGAUUCUCUAACCGAUCUUGGCUGGACCAAUGAUGGUAAAACAUUGAUUGUUUCAUCGAUCGAAGGGAAUUGUUCGUUUAUUUCGAUGAAGGAAGGGUUUUUAGGAGAGGUUUACCAGGAUGACCAGGAAUUAAUGAAGCAGAAAAAAAAAGAGGAGAUUAUGAUGUUAGCCAAUAAGGUGAACGGGGGGUCCCCGAAAGUUGAUGGGAAUAUGGUUGUAUCCCUGGAAGCCUCCACUGAUGUGAUGAAGAAGCGGAAACUUGAAUGA